AUUUCUAACCUUAAACAAGUAGUAUACAUAAGUCACAGAAAUUACAAUGACCGACAAUGAAGUGUGUUUGAGGUGGAAUGCGUUCAAAAAUAAUUUAAUGACUAGUUUGGAAUCAUUGUGGAAUGAAGAUGAAUAUGUGGAUGUCACAUUGUCCUGCGGAGGUCAGCAGAUCCAUUCUCAUCAAAUUGUCUUAUCAGCAAGCAGUCCAUUCUUUAAUGAAAUAUUCAAGGAUACAUGUGCCAUACAUCCAGUUGUGAUAAUUCCUGAUACAUCCAUCUUAAACUUAAAACAACUACUUAAAUUCAUGUAUACCGGAGAAAUAUAUAUAGAAGAAAAUAAUUUGGUUGAAUUCCUUCAACUUGCCGAGGACUUACAAGUUAGAGGUCUUUACGGACGGAAAUUCGAGUCAAAUGAGAAAGUACAGGUCGAUGAACCUGCUAGUAAAAUCUUGAAUUGCACUAAAGAGAAGAGCUCAAAGCGGAAGAAGUCGUCAAGUCACAACCAUGCGGAACAUAGCAAGCUGAUCAGGACAGAUCCUUCGUGGAUCAGCGAAAGGAUAAAGGAGGAGUUUGUCAAAGUGGAAGUGACAGAGGAAGAAGGUCCGGUGGUUAGUGACAGAGACAUGUCAUACGAUGAACUGCCAGAAGACUUGUCCAAUCCCGACCUGCCCAUGACAUCCAGGAGCGAACUUCAACCUGACUUUUGUAUUGGACCUCCCUAUCAGAACCUACCAUUUGCCGAGUUACUGCCGCCCCCGGACACUCUGGCGAUGUGGUCCAAGGGACGAUCCCUCGACCUGCUGGCCUGCGACCUCAUGAAAAUUCUGUUCACCACUCAGGAACGCAUCACGUGCAACGUCAACGGCAAAAUGGGCAAACUGCAGUUCAACGUCGACAAAAUCAACCUGAUCAAAGAAGUGAUCCACUACUUCAGCGGGUGUAGCGGUGAAAUCUUUGAGGAACAGUGGAAAGUGUGUGUGACCAAAAUAGACACUUCAAACCGUGGCCUCAAAAGAAAAUUUUUGUUGAAGGGUAUAAUAUAAAUGGUCGAAGUGUGAACGCGAAACUUCAAAGUUGGGUUUGUUACCCUUUAUAUUAAAGGAGUAUCGAACAAGUCCUGUCAACUUCUGUACCAUUCAGUAUGUUUAGUUACCGAUAAAUAGAUUUGAUAUUUUAAUAUUUCAUGUUAUUGCAAGGCAUGUGUUUGGUUAAAUUUGUUUGUUACAGUUUUAUUUUUGUGAAUCAAAGUUGUUUUUGUGGAUUUUAUUAUGCCUCGUAAUAUGGUUGAUAUAAUUUAGGGAACUUAGCAUGAAAUGUACACGACUUUUAGUGGAGCAAAAUUAUUUGUUUAAAAAUCUAUAGGCCUAAUGAUUUUAUGACUAGCAAAUUGGAGUAGCAAAAUCAGCUUGGACUUACUUGUUUCAACAAAUAUUUGUUGCUCCAAAGUAAUCUGAUUUUGGAGAAGGUUUUUAAGAUUUGUUGUUGUCCAUUCGGGCACCAGAUACUCAAAUACUUAACACUACACAACAGUUCUGCUAGAAACAAUAUUUAUACACAUUGAAGUUGUGUUUCUUGUACCAGGAUGGACUCUUUCCUAUUUGUAUGAUCCUGCUUAUCUCAACAAUUAUAAGUUAAUAUUACAAUCCAAUAUUGUAGGGCAUUGUCCCCAUGUUUACAUUAAUUAUUGCCAAGUGAAUCCAGUAACUUUAGCACUAAGCUACUCGACUCAAGUUUGCUUACUAAACAUAAUCUCCAUUUAGUUUUCAUUUUAAUAUGCCAUCAUAAGAUAAGUUUGUAACAGCAAAGGUAUUAAUACCAAACAACAAACUUUGUCUUUCUUCUGAUUUAAUUGUUUGCACAAACAAUUAAAGACCAUUUUGCUCCACUAUAGUUAGUGAAGCUGGUUUAAAUUGUUAACUAGGAUAGGUUAGGAAAUUGAAAUUGUUCUUGGUUUAGGAUCUACUUUUCAAGCUUAGUACAUUUGGGCAAGCUAUGGGGAUAGUAGAUAAAUCAACAGAGCUAUGUUUUACAAUGGUUUUACCAAAACAAACCUUCAACAAAUGUAAACUUGCCCUUAGUUUGUAUUUUUGUUCUAAAAUCACUUUUAAUCACAAAUAUUUGUAUAUUCCAAAUAUACAGGCCAUAUCGAAUCAAUCCUAUUUUUGAAUGAUUUUAUAGACAAUUUACGUUGCAUUCCAUUUUAGUUGUAAACCAAGCUGGGAAGUACACAGCUUACAGAAAACCUACUAGAAAAUAAACAACCAAGUUCCUAUUAGUCGUAUGAGUGUUUAGAUUAGCAAUAUCUCCGUUAUAGUUACUACAUAGUUAAAAGUAGUGCAUAGUUGUAAGGCUGUAUAAACAAAAUAUUGUGUAAAAAAUAAUGGACAUAAAUAUGAAGAUGGCCGGCCAGGUUAUGAAAUCUCUUAUGCUUGUUAAGAAAGUUUAUUAUGAUAGUUUAUUGUUGUUUUUUAUUGAAUAGAUCUAUUAUAGUUUUAAUUGCUGCUUACUCCAGAACGUACUAUGUCUUAGUUGUGCUUUGUUGAAGAUAUCUUGGCCAGCUUAUUUCAAUUGACUGUAAUGAAAAAUUGUGUAUCAAUUAUUGUUAUAAAGCAUUUAACUGCGUUUUAGAUCCAAUAUUGAAUGCUAAUCAACUUGACAUCAAAUUUUUAGUGUGUCCUAUUUUAUGUAUGCAGGUUUAAAAAUUUAGCCUAUAGAUCUCAGAGCCUUUAUCAAAAUAAAAUCAGAGUUGGUACGUAUUAAAACACAUAAACUUGACUCUAAACUCAAGUAAUGUUUUUUCUUGUUCAUUUUUUUCUCUGUUGGAUGUUGUAUGUUUUACAAUUCAUUUGGCACAACAAUUAAAUUAUCAUUACCCAUAAUGACUAUGAAGUAAGGGUGGUUACAAAUUAAAUAAACAAACUGUGUAAUUAAAUACAAAGUGUCUAUUUAAUUUGUAAUCACCCUGUAUUUUGUGUUGUUCAGUUUAAGUUUGCAAUUGAUCAUUUAGGUUGCAAUUUUAUUGUCAUGAACAUGACACACAAUACUUUCAUAAACUAAAAUUGAUUGUAUAACCUUAGAAAAUGAAUGAGUACUGUAUAUAUUAGUCUUUUGAUGGGGACUUUGUCAAGACAAACUUAAAUAUAUCUCUUUGAAUAACUUGUUAUUUAAACUGUAAUGAUUGCCAUUUCAUGACUUGCACCUUUCAAAUUCGAUUUGUCUAUUCCAAAGGAAUUUCACAAAGAUGGUGAAAUCUAAAAGUAGAUCAUUUUACAAUCCGGCCAAUGUUUUGUUUUAUCUGACUUUCAAAAGUCUAAAUGAAUAACUUUCCUAUACAUAAUGUAGACCUAAAUGAACUUUAAAAAAAGCCUGUGGCUGAUUAAGAAUGUUUUUUAACGGGGUAGGGACUUCAGUUAUCUUUUCUAAAAAAAUGUAAUUCAUGGGCUCACACAAAAAUUCUCACGACUACACUAAUAUCCUUAGGGUUGAGGACUUUGGGUCGUAGAUUAGCAUCCUCAGUUAAGAUUAUGUUUAAGCUAGCAGAAAAUGUUACAUCUUUCAAAAGAUCUACCUUUCCUUUAAGCAUUAAAAACAUACAAUAUACCACAAGUUAGUUCAGAUUAAUUUCCUCCUAUUACUAUUUUUGGAGUAUAAAAGCCUCCUUGCUUGAGUAUAUUUUGUGCCCUCAACUUAUUUCUUUUAAGAGUCAUUAUUUGAAUUUGUUACUAGUUUGAGUAAAGUUGCAAACAUUUAUUUGUGCCAUAAGAAAAUUUAUCUGACAUAUCCUUAUAUAUAAUACGUGAAUUAUCUUUAUUAUAUCAUCCAAACCUACUUGUGUUUGAGAAACUAAUCACAGUGAUUUUUAUUUGAAGCAGUUUUGCUUCACCAAUUUAGGUUAGGUAGUAGAAUACACAGAGACAUCACAUAUUAAUCAAAUUAUCUAUUUGUGAUAAACUUUAAAAAUAGUUACAAAACUAUAAAUUAAAGAUGAAAUACUAGAUAGUAAUUAAUUAAAUUAUAGAUUGUGUUGUGUUAUAGAGUACUGUCAUUGUGAUAUUGUUAAUUUAGGCAUUCCAGGAUAAUGUACACCCAUUGUCACUUAUUUGUUUUUCUACAGUAAUUAAAAAUUGUAUUACAUUUCUGGAAUAGGUAUAACAUACCGUUACAGUCCUAAAACAUAUAUUAUCAGUUUUUUCUUCAUUAUUUUUACUCUUUGAUUUUAAAUAAAAAAACACCGCAGGAAAGAUCAUAUUUUAAGUUUAUUUCUAACGUACACAUCACAUGAACAUGUUUUAAUUGUUUUAUCCAUAUGUUUAGUUAAAAAUGUUUAUACAAAUUUAUUGUAAGUUGGUUUUGUUUUGAUUCGUUGCACUUUAAGGAUAAAUAUUGAGUGUGUUGAGUAACUGUAUAUAAGAUUUUAAAAAUAUAGGUUGUUAGUUUAAUCUGGUGUUGGUGAUAAUUACAAAGUAUAAUAAUGUUAAUUGUU